AUGCGCUUGGACGAGAGGUACGUUCCGUACUUGCAGAUGGCCGGUUUAUACCAUCUUGUAAGGCUGAACGAGAGCUGGCUUAGGCUGGAUGAGCCCCUGGUUAGUCCAUUCAUGGAGCACUGGCGUCCAGAGAUGCACACGUUUUAUAUGCCGUUCGAGGAGUGCACGAUUACACUACAGGACGUGGCAUACCAGUUAGGGCUGCCGAUUAAUGGACAUUAUGAGACAUUUGGAGAGCUUCCUGAUGGAGCUGAUGCGCCCACUGUUAGGAGGUAUGCCUGGGUCUAUAUCAUAAAGCUGUUAGGGACACAACUAUUUGGUGAUAAGUCUGGUACUCGCAUUCACAUUAGGUGGCUGGCAUACACACGUGGUGAAGUUAGCAGGACCGUUACAGCUGCUUCAGUCAUGGAUCUUCUGGCGGUUUCUUGGAUUCAGACUCACUGGAUAUGA